UCUGGAAUUCCAGAGCAGUGCAGCCUCAGCCCUUCCGCUGCUUUGACAGCUCGGCUGAGGCUGGGCUGUGCACAGCGUUCCUGCCUGGCAAAUGGCCUGGGCGCAGCUGGUAGAGGCACUGAUGCUCCAGCUUCUGGGGGUGAUGGGGAUCCCUGUCUUUGCAGGGUACCUGCUGUGGUGAGGGUGAGGAAAGCUGCUAGCAGUAGCUUGUAUGUCGAGAGAAGCCACAAGGAAUCUCUGCCGUAUGGGUGGGAAGAGAGUCCCACAGAAUGCUCAUUCCUGCUUGCAGGCUGCCAGCAUCCCACCGCGAAGUUAACUUUGCAACAUCCACAGCAGCUUGUACCCUUUGAGAGCUGAGGCAGUAAGCAGACUAGAGGAAGAUAACAGGAAUGCUGAAAGGGGAACUGCUGCUCUAAAGGGAAGUUUUUAGUGGAGAUCAGCCUCAAAAUGGAAGCUGUUCAAUACAUGAAAUAAUGCUCUGUGCACUAAAAGCAUCCUGGUGAGAGAGCACAGAGCCUUCUGGAAUCUGAGCGCUCAGGAGUGCCGGAGCAGAGCGUCUUCACCGUCAGCAGACAGGGAUCUGUGGAGAGGUAUCUGAAUUCCCUCAUGAGAAGUGUCCUCCCUGCCUCUCAUGUGCAGCCCUUCCUGUUCAUGGGUGGUACCAGCUUCACUGAUGCCCUGAAGAGUACUCCUCACCAUGGAUAGUCCGCCCAAACUGACUGGUGAGACGCUGAUUGUCCAUCACAUUCCCCUGGUGCAUUGCCAGGUCCCCGAUAGACAGUGCUGCUCCGUGAGCAAAAGGACCAACCCCUUCUGCCAGCCAGAACUCAGCAUUACACGGACCUCUGCCCUUCCAGACAGAGACCUGUCACAGACUGACUCCUUGGUUUACAGCAGCUUUCUCCAGACCUCUGAAACCUCAGCAGAGGCCUCAGACAACAAGGAAAGAAAAGCAAGGGAUCUGAUUGUCCCUAGUGUCAGUAAGCGACACAACCCUUUCCUGCUGAGUGAGGGUGAAGACCCCAGUAUUUUUGGGGAUGACUUGGGUCAAAAGUCUUUCCACCUUCACAACUCACUCAUCGAUGGCAAACCUCCCUUCAAUCUGCAGGAUCUGGCCUUGCCCCCUUUUCAUCUCCACGACUCUAACCACAUUGUGAAAUCCUGGAACAUGGCCAGCCGGUCUGGUGUGGUGGACGGGCAAGAGGACAAACUCAGCAGUGAUGACAUCCAGAAGAGGAACAAUGCCAACAGGUGCCACCAGGCCUCAGAGCGCAUGGAGCUGGAUGAAUGCAGCUGCCAUCGUGGCAGCUCCUCCAACUUCUCCUUCGAUAGCGGUGACCAGGAGUGGAACCAGAAUGCGGGUGAACCGCUGAGGAACCAGGAUGCCCUGCACAGGACAUGCAGUUGUUCCAGCUCAGAGAUCCAGCACUGUCGCUGCUACAGUUCAUCGAGUCAGUCUGAAGUGAUUGACCAACAGAUGGGCUACAUCAGUGACUCUUCUUGCAACAGUUCUGAUGGGGUCCUGGUGAACUUUAGUGCUCUCUACAACAAAAUGAAUGGUCAGUCUCAAUCCAACCUGAAUUCAGCUAACCUGUCCUGUGACUCUUCCUUCUGCAGCCACUCAGACACAGGAGCUUUUUACCUGGAUUUACAUUCAUCGCCCACUGAAUCCAAGAUGUCUUGCGAGUCGCAUAACCCAGAAAAUUCGGGGAAGGUGUGUGGGUGUCAACACUCCUCCUCACCUGUCCUUGAUGCUAACUGCAACUCCUACCAUCUCCACUGUGAGCCUUGCACGUCAGAGAGCUCAGACCUCACUGCUUGCUUCCAGAGCCAAGCACGGCUUGUUGUGGCUACUCAGAAUUACUACAAGUUAGUCACAUGUGACUUGUCUUCCCAGUCAUCCCCCAGCCCUGCGGGAUCUUCCAUAACUAGCUGCUCAGAAGACCAGACCAAGGCUAGCCCAGCCCAGCCCACAGAAUACUAUCUGUUCAGAAGGCCCGACCUGAGACAAGAAGAAGGCAAUGUAGAGUGCAGUGAAGAGGAGCCGAAGGGAGAAUCCAGCCAGAACAUGAUUGAGGGUCAGGUCUAUGUCAAUGUGUCACCACCGAACCUCAACACAAGCCGGCAGCGCUCCAGGAGCUACGAUCAGAACCUGGACAGGAGUCCUGGCAGCAGGCUCGGCUCCUUGGAGCGCAUGGUGAGCUGUCCAGUCAAGCUGAGUGAAAGCCCAGCCAUACCCCUUCAGAGCUCUCCCCCCAAGAGGGUGACGUCGUUUGCUGAACUGGCUAAAGGACGGAAAAAGAACGGCACCUCCCCACCGUUCCGCCCUAGUGGUGAUUCUUCCCUGGAGUUCUCUCCUAUCCCUGAAACUCAGCGGGAUUGCCCAACCUUCCUUGAAGAACGAGCUCGGCGCAGCCAGAGUCUUCCACCCAUGCCCUUCAUCCAUGGCCUGAACCGCAGCUGCGAGGGCUUCUGUUUGAAUCAUGCUUUUGGGGACAGCCAGGCUUUGUGUUCCACCAAGGACUCGGUCUCCAGUGAGAAGGUCCCCAGUGGGCAUGGGGCAGGUGAGCAAGCCUCUCUCUCCCUGCUGACGGAGGCAGAUGCCAGCUUCUUGGGUGGCUCUGCCAGUGGCCACGGACUAAAAGAUGUUAGAGCUCGAGCAGACGGUGGUGGUGCAGACAGCAAGCCUGUGGUGCGCUACAGCAAGGACCAGCGUCCCACAACUCUGCCCAUCCAGCCCUUUGUUUUUCAGCACCAUUUCAGCAAGCCACCCAAGGCACGUGCUCUGCACAGCCAUUUUGCCUCCAGCCUUUCCCAGCUCUACAGCUUGUCCAGCAGCCGGCCUGCCAGCCAGCAGAUCUCCAGUUCCCAGUCCUCGGCCUUGGCCAGCUCGGCGGAGCAGGCGGUGGCGGGGAGCCAAGGCCACGGCACGCUCGUGACCCAGCGCUCGGCGGACGGAGCCGCCUCGCGCGGCGAUGGGGGCGUCAAGAAGCCCGGCCCCGAAACAACCCGCCCGUCCCCACUGGGCAGUUACUCCCCCGUGCGAUGCAACGUGCCUUUCUUCCAAAGCGUGGACUCCUCUUCCUCGCCCACCGCAGAGAGAGCUGAAGACUGCCAGCCCCCCAGAAGCAGGUCCUGCCCCAUCUCUGCUAACCUGCUUCCCACGAGGUCGUCCCCUGCUGUCAGUGCCAUGCAGCCCUCCAAAGCCACCAAAUCUGACACCCUGAGGCAAAAGGAGAAUCCCAAGCUGAUUCCCAAGAAGGAGGCUCCACUAGAGCCAAGCCCACCACUCUCCGAAUACCGACUCCACAGUGGGUCCCUCCCACCCCUCUCAAUGGGUGGCAUGUCCAUGAGCAGAGUAGGAGGCCAUGCAGAUUCACACUGGAGAAGUGGCAGUGAGACCAGCAGCUCUGGUCCCCUGAGCAGCAUGGGAAUACGGCCUGUCAAUGGACAGUCUAUGAGGCAACUCCAGCUUACCUACAAUGACUUUUUCCCUGACUACUUCUCGCUAGCGGAGAAACCGCCUGCUGAGUUCUGCCUCUCCCCAGAUGGCAACACAGAGUCCAUCUCCAUCGACUUGCUGCAGAAGAAGGGUCUAGUGAAGGCUAUCAACACUGCUGUGGACCUGAUUGUGGCUCAUUUUGGAACCAGCAGGGAUCCAGGGGUGAAGGCCAAACUUGGGAACAGCUCUGUGAGCCCCAAUGUGGGGCAUCUCAUCCUGAAAUACCUGUGCCCCGCUGUCCGGGACAUUCUGAGUGAUGGGCUCAAGGCUUACGUCCUGGACAUGAUCAUUGGCCAGAGGAGGAAUAUUCCCUGGAGCGUGGUGGAGGCAUCCACCCAGCUAGGCCCCUCUACAAAGUUGCUGCAUAGCCUCUACAGCAAGAUCAGCCAGUACACAGAGCUCACCAACCACACCAUGAGGUUCAACGCGUUCAUCUUCGGCCUCCUCAAUAUCCGGUCCUUGGAGUUCUGGUUCAACCACCUUUAUAACCAUGAAGAUAUCAUCCUGGCACACUACCAGCCAGUGGGCUUCUUGUGCCUGUCUCACAGUGUAUGCCAGCCUCUUUUUGAGGAGCUCCUGCUCCUGCUCCAGCCUCUGUCCCUGCUGCCCUUCAACCUAGACCUCCUCUUUGAGCACCACCUGAUGCAGAUGGGCAAAGAGCAGCAGCAGCAAAAGGAGCUGCUGCGUGUGAAGCAGGACCUGCUGCUCUCCGUACACUCCACCCUGCAGCUGAUGCGGACCCGGGGCAGCAGUGAGGAUCCCGAUGGCUGCAGCACUGCCCCUGAAACAUGCCAAGGGGGUGCCAGGGAUGGUGACAUCUCACCAGGGCACAGCCCACAGCAAGCUGUGAGUGAGAAGAGGGUCAAGGGAGUGGGGGCCUCCUGUGGAGAAGGUGACAGAGAGGAAGAGCAGAGCAAGAUGCGAGAGAGCAUGUGGGAGGGGAAGAAGGACAAGCAGGCAGGCUGGUGGUACCAGCUCAUGCAGACCUCUCAGAUUUACAUCGAGAGCUCAGCUGAAGGCUCCAAGUUCAUCCGCUCUGAGAAGAAGAAGGCGGCUUUGAGUCCUGCGCCCAGGCCAGUGCAGACCCACAAGGCACCACCUCCCCGAGAAGGGGUGGUGGAGGGUGCAGAAGCUUGUCCCAUUGCUGAGGGCACCUUGGAGGAGAGGCCUAAGGCAGCCAGCAAGCCAAGUCCUGAAGCCGUGGAAGAUCCCGUGGAAAAGCCCCAGCAGGUCGUGGUCAGUGAAGAGGUGAAGGAACGAAGCUGGCCCUUCUGGAUGGGCAGCCCCCCAGACUCUGUGCUUACAGAGCUAAAGCGCAGCAAGGAGAAGGAGGCUCAGCAAAGAGUGGGAACAGCAGCAGCAGCAGCCCCCCAAGAGGACAGCAGCAACAGUGCAUCAGAGGGCAGCCAACCCAUCAAGUGGGGACACUUGUUUGGGUCCCGGAAGGUACAAAAAGAGCCCAGACAGCCAAACAGGUUGCCCUCUGGCUGGCUGAGCUUGGACAAGUCUGUGUUCCAGCUGGUGGCCCAGACAGUUGGGGCUAGCAUGUGGCGUGAAGCACCCCCAGAGCCAGACCCUCCCCAUCCAGAACCAUCUGAGGCACCUGCUGUGGCACAACCAGCUGGGGCCGUGUCUCCUCACCCCACCUGUGAGGUGAAAGCUCUUUGCCAUCACAUUGCCACUGAGGCAGGACAACUGAGCUUCAACAAAGGGGAUAUUCUGCAGGUCAUCUCCAAGGUGGAUGGUGACUGGCUGCAGUGCAGCCUUGGCUCUGAGAAGGGACUGGUGCCCAUCAUGUACGUCACCCACCCUGAGGACGAGGACUAUUGACACGUUUAGGAGGCCAAGCACAGUUCCCUGGGCUGCUGAGGCUCCUCUGGGCCAGUCUACCCUACCAGAGGAACAAACACAGCUUCUUGCUAGUUUCUUAUCUUUCCUGCCAUUACAGAAUACAGUAACCGUAGGUGGUUCCUUCUUGCUCCUCCUUGUGCAGCUGCCAAAGGCCAAAUUAGCCCCCGGGCUCUUCUGUGAGCUGCACCUCGUAUUGCCAGGCAUCGCCAUGCAUGCAGCCACACCAGGGACCGCCUGACUCCCCCCUCCGCCCCACACUGUCUCCAGCACCCACAGGCCAUGGACUUGUACAGUACAGAAACCCAAGCAGUCCCUGCCAGGGCAGCGCUGCCCCGCUGCCCAGCUGUUGGAUGCUGGGGGGUGCAGGAUGCUGGUCGUCCCCUCCCUGGGGGUGGCAGUGCAGUCUGCAGCCUCCAGCAUCCCUGGCACCCUCAGCUGCAGGGGUGAGAGCACCCUGCAUUGGCAGGGCCCCUGCGAGGCUGGGCUGAUGGCUUGUGUUUAUUGGGGCACUGCACGGUAGGCUCCCCCACACUGGAGCAUCCCUGUCCUAGUGUGCUCUAGUGGUUCCUGGUGGGCUCUACUGGGACAAGUGGCCUGGCAGUGCCACGCUGCAGGGCUCGGCUGUGAGUGGCCACAGCCAGGGGAGGGGGAUGGGGUAGGUGUGUGAGUGUGGAGCAAAGGGGUGUGUGGGGUUGUGAGGAAGGCACGGGGUUAUUCAGUGUUAUGUAGGUCCGGGAAGGGUAGUGCCACCCCGUGCAGAGAUGGGUGCUUUGGGGGGAGGCCCUGUGCCCUCCACACUGAGCAAGGAACCAGUGCCUGGGAAGCCCUGGGAUGCUCAGUGUGGGGGGGCGCUGGAGGGGAGGGAAUGAGGGCAGGGUCCCUGACUGGGCUAGGGAUUUGGGGGCAGUGCUCCCAGCAAGCAGACUGGGGGUGCUCCUGGAGGGAGCUGGGGAGCCGGGGGAGGGAGGGAGGGGCGGAGCUCCCUUUGGCACAGGGUUUCUGGUCUUGCUGAGCAGUUCUGUGGGGUGGGGGGGAUAAGUGUUGUGCACAAACACAAGGGGAUACUGGAGGUCCUGGGGUCCUUGGUAGAGGCAAUGCCAGUCAACCCCUUCCUUGCCAUGUUCAUGCCGCCUGCUGUAGUGGGGAUCUUCACCUGCCUGUCAGGUGGGGAACAGUGUUAAUGAAAGGCCAUGCCAGUAUUUGGUGCCAUGGCCGGCUUGACGCUGUUCACAGCAUCGUGCCUGGGCUGGCUUCACCAUGGCAAGGGGCCCUGGUCUUGCUGGGUUACCUCCUGCUUGUACAUCGCUUAGCGGAUGUUGCACCGUAUUUAAUUUGUAUUUCCCUGGUAGAAUGAGGUGUCUCGCCUUUAUUUAUUUCUUUAUUUAUGAUGCAUAUUAAUAAAAAAGGUGCUGAUUGA